AAUCUCCAAAUGAAGACCCUGACCUUCAUCUUGGCUUUGUUUCUGCACUCGGCUACUUCUCAUCCGUGUCUUGGCCCUGAAAAGAGUUGUGACUUUGUGUGUGACUGUUCGGAUUGCACUGAUGAACAGAACUGCGGCUACAACGGGAAGGAUUUCCAGUGUGACUUUGAGGACACAGGAAUAUGUGGAUGGAAGGACGAGUCCUCGAAUACAGCAUACAGAUGGGAACGGCGUCAGAGAGGUGACAGACUGCCAGACAGCGGGCCGUCCUCUGACUUUACGAGUGGGACUGCCUCAGGUUGGUUUAUGGGUGUAACGGAGGUUAAGCCCGAAGGUGUCAAAACUGCUGUCCUUGUGUCACCUAAGAUCCAAGAGUCAUCACCUACAUGUCGCCUUCGUCUUAGAUAUUUUUUGUGGGACUCGGGUGAAACAGGACUUUGGUUUUCUCCAUUGUCAGCCUCUGUUCUUCAUCAAGACUCUCAAAAGGCCAUCGUGUGGCGCCCUGAAGCCACUAGUUUCCGAGGAUGGCGGGAGGCCACCAUCUUUCUGGGCCGGAUUGCGUCACCCUUUCAAAUCUAUCUUACCUCGGACCGCCUUAAGGGGCGAAGAGGAGAUGUUGCUGUGGACCAACUAGAGUUUCUGGACUGUGCUUUACCCAUGCCCCUACCUGGCAAAGAGUGUCCAGCUGAAAUGCUGGAAUGUAAACGUGGGGGCUGUGUUGACCAACGUCAGGUGUGUGAUGGCACUGAUGACUGUGGUGAUGGGACCGAUGAGGAGAACUGUGAGGGAUAUCAGCGCUGUGACUUUGAGAAUGAUGUAUGUGAUUGGGACCUCAGGUCAUUAUCCACAUUAAAAUGGGUAAGGACAAAUCAGGAAAACAUCUCCAUCUCAGAUCCUCGGAAAGGACCUGGACGGGAUCAUUCCACCAACAGCGCAUCAGGUCACUUCUUGUAUGUCACUGUUCCUGAUGGAGGGUUCCAAAAGGAUUGGGCAGCUUUCCAAAGCCCUCGCUUAGAACCCACCAAUAGUAGUCAUCCUUGCAAGAUGGUUAUGUACACACACCAGUUUGGGCCAAGGUCUGGUGGUUUGACAGUUCUGGUGGCUGAUAAGAGCAUCUCCCCAGUGUGGAAGCGGGGCGGCGCUCUGGGUGAUGUUUGGGUAAAGGCUGAAGUGGAAAUUGUAACUAACUCUACUUUUCAAAUUCUUGUAAUGGCAGCAAUCAGAGAACUUGCAUACGGAGGUAUCGCUGUCGAUGACAUUGUGCUAUCUCCUGAAUGCCGCCGAUCAAAUGACACUGUUUGGAUCGAAGAGUUCCCAAAAUCUCCCAAGAACCCCUGUACAGUGCCUGAAAAGAUGUGUGACUUUCACAUAGAUUGUAAAGGAGCAGAAGAUGAAGCCGUUUGUGGGGACUUCUCAUACAUUGAAGGCAGCUCUGGCUGGACAGACACAAGUAUUGGCGCUCAAGGUUGGGUGCUUCACCAAAAUUCCACAGCAAACGAAGAGUAUUUCUAUGUGGAGGAGGCCCCCGGCCAGCAACUAACAGAGGCGCAGAUGCGGACCCCUCUCUUGGGCCCCUCUGGACCGUCUUGUACCUUACAAUUUGAUUUUGCACUCACCGGAAAUCCGGCUCACAUUGGUGAUCUAUCAAUCAGGGUGAUAGACAGCAAGUUAGGCGUGUUGCCUAAAUUGUGGGAGUUCAGUGGAAAGACUGAAAUAGGGGAAGAUGAGUGGCAACAUGCUGAAGUAGCAAUCGGAGCCAGGAAUCAUCGUUUUCAGUUGGCAUUGGAAUCUCAUGCGGUGAAACUGUUCCCUUCAGUCAAAAUUAAAGUAACAAAUAUUCAUUUCACUGGAUGCCAUGUUCACUAUUAUCCAUCUUUUACAGAGCCAUCAUGUAACUUUGAGGAUGGGCUGUGUGGGUGGCACCAGGACAACAGUGACAACUUUGACUGGACUCUUCUUAAUGGGAUGGACCACACCAUCGGGUUUGGUAAAAGUCUUGUAGUGGACAUGUGGAAUUCUUCACUGCGUGGUGCAGUUGGACGUUUACUCUCAUCACCACUAUUACCAGGUCAUACGGGUCUCUGCCUGACUUUCUUCUACAAAAUCUACGGGCCAAACACAGGAAUGCUGAAUGUGAAGUUAUUUGAUAAACACGGUUAUCAGAAUUUGCUGUGGACACGAGGUGGAGCUCAUGGCAACACAUGGCAUGAAGCUCAGUGCCCAGUUCCACACCAGCUCACAACAUAUCAGCUGAUGUUUGAGGCUGUACGCUCCGGUUUUGAUGGGCAGGUGGCCAUUGAUGAUGUGUCACUAGUGGCCCGUCCUUGUUCAGUGCCUAGGUUCUGUUCCUUUGAAGGUCAGCAGUGUGGCUAUAGAAGCUCUGGUGAGGCUUAUUGGGUCCGCAGAAACGGUCACACUGCAAGAAAGACGGGACCCAAAACGGAUCACACUCUGGGGACAGGACAGGGUUUCUACAUAAUGGUUCAAACUGGGGGAAACGUCCUUCCCGCUGGUGCUACCACAACCCUGACGUCCCCUGUUGAACAGGGAACAACUAAAACGAGGUGUCUGAAUUUCUGGUAUCAUUUGAGAGGCCAGAAUCCUGGUGUUCUGUCAGUUUAUAUGAAGCCUGUGAAGGGUGAGAGAAUAAAGAUCUUUACUGAUGGUCAAAACCAAGGAGACACCUGGCGCCAUGGUUAUGGCAACAUUUAUAGCAACCUUGUGGACUGGCAGUUGCAGUUUGAGGUAAUAGGAAACGGUGGAAAAGAUGCUCAUGUUGCGAUUGAUGAUGUAUUCCUUUCUGUACAUCCAUGUGAAAAUCAAGGUUCAAAGUGCACUCUGGAAACAGGAAUGUGCAGCUGGAGUAACACUCAAAACAAUGAGCAGGACGAACUGGAUUGGGAGUUGACGAGUCACGAGACAGAAAAGCACUACUCCACCCCCUCGGAAGACCACAGCCUUGGAACAGAGAAAGGUCACUUCCUGUUUAUUCCAAGUAGCAACCGGACCGCGGCCAAUCAAAAAGCUCACUUGCUAAGCCCUCACUUGCCCCCGACUAAAGGCACUUGUGUGAAAUUCUGGGCCUACAUGAAGUUUCAUUCAGACAGCCAGCUAAAGGUAUGGACAUUGUCCAAAGGUCUUUUGACAGAGCAGCUGGAGGUAAAAGAGCUUGCAGGACCAUGGGCACGUUUCGACGUUGACAUUGUCUCAACUGAGGAAUACCAGAUUGUGUUUGAGGGAACAAAGGGUGCCUAUGGUGUCUUGGCUCUGGAUGACAUUGAGUACACCCUCGGAGUCAACUGUGCUAAUGAAGUCACUGACGGAACCUCAACCAAGACCAGUAAUGCAGGAGGGAUUGCUGCAUCAGUCAUUGUAGUUGUGCUACUGCUUGGCACAUUGAUUGCUCUCUUUAUUUUCUACCUACGAACCCAAAAGAAGGUUAGAGCAUUGACUGAUACAUCAUCAUCAUCUCCUGAAACUCAAACUGGUUUUAGCAACCAGAUCUAUGAUGCGGACCUUAUGGUUGACUAUGUGACAAUUCCACCAACACAAAAUGGCCCGAUGGCAACAGGAUUCAACAAUGUCUCUGUCCCUGAUGGUGUCAAAGAGAGGGAGGUGGCGUGA